AUGCAUAAUCAGACUAUUGAGAUGAGAGUUCACAUGGAUUGUGUGGGAUGCGAGAGCAGAGUUAAAACUGCCCUUCAAAAGAUGAGAGGAGUGGAUGAGGUAGAAAUCGAUAUGGUGCAGCAGAAAGUGACGGUGACUGGCUACGCCGAUCAGAAGAAGGUUCUGAAGAAAGUGAGAAAAACCGGUCGUCGAGCUGAGCUAUGGCAGCUUCCUUACAACCCUGACCACAGCUCUCUCGUCGGCGGCGGAAACAGCAGUACCAACGGCGGCUACUUCUACAACCCUCACGGCUGCAACGGCCCAAUCAACCACCACGCGCCUGUGCCGACUUCUACUUACAAUUAUUACAAACAUGGUUACGAUAGCAACGACUAUUCGUCUUACCAGCACCACCCUGUUCAUGCCUCUAUCUUCAGCCACCAAACCGGUUCCAAGUUUAGCGACGAGAAUCCUAAUGCUUGUUCUAUUAUGUGA